GUAGACUUGAUUGCUCUUGCAACUCAUAGAUUCGUGACUGUUUGUAGAUAACAUUGGUUUUAGGAACAGUGAUGGCUUUGUUUUCUCGCUGGUUUCUCUUCUUUGUUUUCUCGCUCAUUUCUCUUCAUCGUUGAAACGCUUUUCCAUUGCGUUGGGGUUCGUCUUGAGAAAUCGUGAUUUAGUUGAUGAUUUUUGUGAAUUGCAGUUAGUUGUACAAGAUUUUGCGAGCUGUUUUCUUGUUCUUGAUUGCUCAGAUGACAGCUCUCUUCCACGCAUAGGUUGUUUUCCCUUGUUGCAUCAUGCGUGUUGCUGACAUGCUUUUCUUUAAAUAAUACUCUGCAUGAUUUUAAGUAGAAUGCUAUUCGGAUUUGCAGUUUUUUUUGGAUUCGUGAAUCGUGUGCACCUAAACAUCUGUUUCUGUAUUUCUGCUACCGUGUAGAGCUAAACUGUACUAUAACCUAAUGUUAAUUGAAUGCUUCGUUAGCUCUACGAGGCUUUUGAUUCAUUCUCGACGCUUUCAUCGACUGUCAUCCCCUGCUAUUUUGUUUUCUAGCAUCAAAAGAAAAUUUACUAAGAACUCGCAGAUCUGCAGUAAAGAUGAGCUUCAUGUCCUCGUGGACAAUCCAGGAUGGCAACUGUGUUUCCGAGUAUGACUCACCGAGGCUUGACAGAGAGUGUGACUCAAAGGUAAGCUAGUUCAUUAACGUGAACCGAAAUGAAAAAUGCAGGUUUGACGUUUUCAGGAUGCAAUACCUGCACAUCCUGUGAUGUCGUUUCAGGUUAAACAAAUUUUGUGAACAAAUCUUGGUCUGGACAGAUUCAAAGUCAUGCCCUGCGACAUGAUGGUUAUAACGCUGAGGUAGGAGAGGUCAAGCUGGAACACAAGAUGCGGCAAUUGCAAGAAUCAGAGCUUAAAUCACCCUCGAAAAUACUUCCUCCCCGUAGCCUUAUGCGGCCUAAGGGCCCCGCAUAUGUUCGAUUGUGCCCAUUCUCUCCCUCCACAAAGUCUGUAAAGUCUGAUUGGACAUUCCUUACACCAGUGCCUAGAUCCAGUUGAGAUUCUUAAUCACUGAAUCACAUUUGAGAGCCCUCGCAUGGAAGAAAUUGCAUGUUAUUUAAUGUACUUGCUUAAUGCUCCUAUAGCUCUGAAUUCCAAUUGCAUUAAGCUUUACGAAGGUGUAAUAAUAAAAAAAAUCGAUUUUAAUCAUUGCUUUUCUUUCCUUAUUCCUUUGCUAUGCAGAUUUUCUGAGAAAGCUGGAUAAAAUGUUUUUCACACGGAUGUAAGCCACCACCUUCCUUUCAACCAGAUUUUGGACUCAUUUUUCACAUAUUUUCUUCUUUAUUAUCAAAUAUCUGAAUAGAUACGUCCAUGUUUCAUUAUCUUUAGCGCCCAGUCCGAGGUGUCACCAAGUCUGCCCUUCAAUUUAACAGGUCUCAAGGAUUAGCCAGAAGACUAAUGACCAGUUGAAGAAAGCACUAGAUUUCAAGUGAAGGAACUCCAUGGAUAUCUUAGAGGACAGUGGUAUGAGCACCUAUGAGGAAAAGAAUGUUCCAUGCUCCGGUAUGUCUGGCUACCUGGUAUUUCCUGAAUUGAACCUCUUACAACAGGUUAUUGUACGAUCAUGGUGGCUUAUGGGUCUCUUUUCAACAGGGUCUAUUCGUCUCUCAGAAGAGAGCGUCUUUCUGUCACCCAAUAUCCAAUAUGACAAUCCCAUAUACGAAGAAGAGCCUCCCACAAUAAGUGAAAGGUUGGAAUCCCUGGAGAAAAAUAUGUGGGCCCUCUCACCCAUCUCAGCCCAAGUAUUUUCACCUUCCAAGCCCAGUAACGUAUCCAUGAUGGUUUUGGAAUUUGAAAACUCGGGGACCUGCAGUACCCCUGGGCGUGAAGGCACCUUAUCUUAUGAAGGAUCAUUUGCUCAGACUCCUGGUGUAAGCCCUUCUCUUGCUGCCUUGCCUACUUCUGGAUCAUUAUCACCCUUUCUGCAAUUUCAGCGCAAGGAUCCUGAUUUACAGAUGACGCUUGUGAAGCAGUCCCUUGCCGUGAUCAAUACAGCAACCAGGGAGGAGCUCCUGCAACUCAAGGUAAGCCUUUUUUGGUCUCAUGGGAUAAAUGAUUCUCUCCCUUCUGCCAAGUAUGACACCUAUACAUCUAGAUCAUAUUAGCUCAACUACAUGUUUAAGACUGACUACACCACUGUUUGAAUUUAUAGGGAAUUGGACCUAAACGAGCAGCAGAGAUACUAGAGUUGCGACAAAACUGUGAGGAACCAUUUAAAAAGGUAUGUUUAUUUCUUCACAGUCUCUCCUAUGCGUGACCUUUACUACUCAAUCAAACCCAAAAGCAAAAUCCACACAAAAAGUGUUCCAUUAUUAAUCAUGUCAGAAAGCCAUUCUCUGAUUUUCAA